AUGGAUAGUGUAGACUGGAAGUCUAGGGGUGCUGAGCCACCGACACGGGGUGCGCAGAUCCUCCCUGCCCGUCCCUCACACGGAUCACGAAUGUUGGCAAGGAAGCUUACGGGUGUCCAACCGUCGGCAACUCAAGACCUCAGGUUCAUAAACCUAUCCCAUCCAGAUGACUUACACCGACAAAAAGAGGUAAGAACGGAGAUCCGUCGCCAUGUUAUGAAGGAUAUAGGCCAACGACGGAGGCGCCCACAACCCAAUGCAACCUCUUCGCAAGCCACCCGAACAUUUUCUUCGGAGUCAAAUGGUUACAAAAUCUCUCAGCUUCGUGGCGCAGACAUAAACAGCGUUUCACCCAGCCAAAACCUAGCUAUGCUCGCUCACUUCCCUGUGGAGGCUGAUGUGCGCGCUCUCGAACUGAUGCACUCUGUCGUCACGGGCCCUUAUCAGCCAUUCAGGGAUGUUUGGAUUGAGGUAGCCCUAUGUGACCCCGGGGCAUUCCAUGUGACUCUCGGCAAUGCUGCUGAUUUUCUAAAUAAGAUGAAUGGCAAUAAAAGUGUGAAAAGUCCGGAGGCUUUGAGUCACUUUGAAAUUUCAACAAGGAAACUAAGACACCGUCUUAAUAACUUCACGGAGAGUAUUAGUGAAGGGGCUAUUGCCAACAUAUUGGCCCAUGUCUGUCUCACUAUGAGGCACUGUGACUGGGAUAGCUGGAGUAUUCACAUGGAUGGUUUGAGUCUCAUAGCGAAACUACGUGGCGGGUUUGCUGACCUCGGGCAUCGCAUGUCACUUCUCAUACUGCUGUAUGAUCUAGGUGGUGCCAUGGUCUUUGAUUCCUAUCCGCGAUUUGGUCUCCCAGCAGAGUUUGUUGGCAUAUCCAAUAGAUCUUCGAGAGGACUUGCCCCUAGGCUACAAGCUUUACUUGUCCAACCCAUUUCGCCCACAUUUUUCCCAGCGGGCCAAGCAUUAAUAAUGGUUUCCUCAAUUGCGGAUGUGAUAAAUACCACUAGUCACUCCGCAUCAUUCUGGAAAAGGGAUAUCGAUGCAAUCCGCCUGAUCGGUCCCUGUAUUCACUUUUUGCUCUCAAUGCCAAGAUUCCCCAGCGAUUUCGAGGCCAUGGCUGAUCCCGAAGACCUUAUCGCGAGAGAAUUGGUUCGACUUACAUGUCUUCUGCUUAUGUCGAAAUUGAAGGAACAAUUCGCGUUCCCUCCGAGUGAGCUAGUUUCACUACAUGCUAGGCUUGCCGAGUUCGUGCCUCCGAAUGUAAAGACGCUCGGAAAAAAGUACUUUGAGCUGAAAAUUUGGGCCCUUGUCACCAUUGCUUUAUUGCGAUACCGUGACGGAAGAGAGGUAUACAUACAGGAGAUGAAAAGAGAAAUGUCUGCAAUGGAAAAAGCGACACAAUACGAAAUUACUGGGAUUGCCAGAGAUAUCGUCUGGAUUGACAUCUUGAUGUCACCAUUUUCAGAGGAGCUCGCAGCGGACAUGAAACUACACGUCACUCCUCAAGGAACCUGUUGA